ACGGACGGCGGUGCGAAGGGAGGGAGGCUGGGAGGGAGGCGUCCUCCCCUGGAGGGCCGGGGCCUCGCUCGCUCGCUCGCUCGUCCCCCCUCCGCCCGCUCUUUUAGGUGUCUUCGUGAAAUGCCGGCCGCGCGCCUCGGCUGGGCCCCAAGAUGGCGUCGAUGCGGGAGAGCGACACCGGCCUGUGGCUGCACAACAAGCUGGGCUCGGCCGACGAGCUGUGGGCGCCGCCGAGCAUCGCCUCGCUGCUCACCGCCUCGGUCAUCGACAACAUCCGCCUCUGCUUCCACGGCCUCUCCUCGCCCGUCAAGCUCAAGCUGCUCCUGGGCAUCCUCCACCUGCCCCGCCGCGCCGUCGACGAGAUGAAUGGUGCCCUGACUGAAAUUAUCCAGCUGGCUACGUUGGAUCCAGACCCCUGGGUCUUAAUGGUGGCGGAUAUCUUAAAAUCCUUUCCGGAUAUUGGCUCCCUUAACCUGGAUCUGGAAGAGCAGAACCCCAACGUUCAGGAUAUCUUAGCAGAAUUGCGAGAAAAGGUGAGCGAUUGUGAGUCCUCAGCCAUGUUGCCUUUGGAGUGCCAGUACCUGAACAAGAACGCCUUGACCACCCUGGCUGGCCCCUUCACGCCCCCCGUGAAGCACUUCCAGCUGAAGCGGAAGCCCAAGAGCGCCACGCUCCGAGCGGAGCUCCUGCAGAAGUCGGCAGAAACUGCGCAACAGCUGAAGAAGACUGCUGGAGUAGCUUUUCACGCCAAAGGGAGAGGAUUGGUUAAGAAAAUUGACACAACAACUCCACUCAAAGGGAUACCAAAGCAAGCUCCUUUCAGGAAUCCCACCGCUCCGAUUGUCUUCAGCCCGACGGGGAACCGGACCCCCAUUCUAUCCUCCACAGUGCCCCUGUGCAAGGAGAGGGGCGUAAAGUACCUGGACCUCAAAGAGCUGAAAGCUGUGGACUCUGCCCGGGAAGCCAAACGGAGGAGAAAGACUUUGGAUACGGACGUGGUCGCAAAGCAGGCGAAGGAGGAGACGGUGGUAGAAAACGCCACCCCGGAUUACGCGGCUGGGCUGGGCUCAACCCAGAAACUGGCUUCCCUGAACAACGACCCAGCCGCGCUCGCUUCUACGAGUUACCUGCCUGCAGCGCCCAGCGCAGUGCCCUCCUCCUCCUACGUCCCGGGCUCUGACCCCCAGCCAGCUGGCUCCAUCUGGGACCCCCUGCAAGCUAAAGAAGAAGCUGCUUCAGCCACCACCACCACCACGACCGCCACUGCUCUCCCCGUGGCCCAGUUUAAGCAGCGGACGCCCAUGUACAAUAGCCACUUGAACCUAAUGGCCCCCACGGUGGCAGCGGCGGCGGCAGCACCGGCCCCCGAGUCUCCAGCGCCUCCUCCGGUCACCGCUCCAGCAACGCAGGGACCACCCGGCGUUCCCCAGGAUGUCCCUGUCAAGAAGUGUCUCUCUCUCACAAAGGAGCAGUUGUUUGCAGCCCACGAAAUAUUCCAGAUGGCCAACAAAGUUACGAGGCCCGAGAAGUCUCUCAUCCUUGGAUUUAUGGCAGGAUCCAGAGAAAACCCCUGCCAAGAGCAGGGCGACGUCAUCCAGAUCAAGCUGAGCGAGCACACCGAGGUCUUGCCGAACCCCGACGGGACCGGGAGCACCACCAUGCUGGUGGACACCAUCUUUGAAAUGAAUUACGCAACCGGCGAGUGGACCAGGCUGACCAAGCACAAGCCGAUGACAAACAUCUCGUAAACAGUUCAGCCACGGGAAGAUGUAGACCAAGUAGAUCCUAGAAUAAAGCCAGCUUAUACAUUGUGUGUCAACUCGGACAGAACAACAUUCCUGUGUGUGACCUGUAACCAGCCCGUGUCACCGCUCAAGUGGGAAGAGGCGACAAAACGGUCCUCGGAUGGUGGAAGGAUUCAUGGCCUCCGGCAGUUUGGCAGGAAAGGGGUUUUAUUUGCCUGCCUUGAGAAAGAAUAGCAAGGAAGAGGCAGAUUCACAGCAGGGACCUCCGUUGACUUUCUCGGUUCUCUGUUAAAAAUAGGCACAGUUUCUUUUUUCCUUUUGCAGCUGCCUGCAAGCAGCAGCGUCGGUCCCUUGGGGUGGUUUCCUCAGGCACCCACCCUGAAAAGCCUGUAGGGCCUUCCCUCUCUCCUCUGCUCCUCCGGAUUGCCCAAAUAAUAAACCUCCACUUCCUUGAGAACAUCCAGCCCCCCAGCCGCAUGGAGAUGCAUGGCUUCCCAUAAAUGGGUUGCCUUUGAACAUGGAUACAUAAAAAGAGUUGAGUUCCCCCCUCCCCCAAGCUUAUCUCAGGGCCCCCAAGGGGAGCUGCCUUCCCCAGGGUCAGAGUCGGUGCAGCGAGCAGCCUCUGAAUACUCUUAAAAUGGGUAUAAAUCCCAAGAACUUGACAUUGGCUGCUUCAGGCUAACGUCGCUGGUUCCAGACCUCGCAGGAUGGCCUUGCAGGAUGGCCCCAAACGGGUCCCUUUUGAGCUUGCUCAAAAGGUGAAUAUCGGUGGAUGUCCUAACACGGUGAAGCUUUUGGGGAAUCUCCAAACAGUAAUUAGGCACCCCUUCCCUGCUCUGUAGCCGUGGGGUCGAAGGAGGAUCUGAGAUGGUUUAUCACGCAGGGCUGAGUUUCUGCAUUUCUCUUUUCGGAAGGAUUUGUUGGUUCUCCGAGGGCUGCAGGGCCUGGCCAGGAGCAACGCUGCUUGCAGGGGCCCCAUCCUUGCCGGCUCCUGGGGAAUUUCUCUUGCAAGCCUUUGAAGUUGAGGAGAGAGGGCAGCUCAAUAGCGUAAUCGUUUAUGCAGAGGAAGAGUUGAAGAAUAAAGAAUUUCUUUCGGUUCCUUGAAAUGGUUGGGAGAUGCUAGGAUGCUUUCUUUUAAGUGGAAGGUCCAGGGAAGCUGUUUGACCAGGCUGCAGAUGGAAACAAAACGCUCUGAGCUCCUGUUCUGAGCACCUCCGGAGAACCUGAAGUGAGAGAGAGGGAAGAUGGGCCGCCUUUUAGGUUUUGUUUUAGCACAGCUGAAUUGUGUGUUUGUUUCUGAAUUGUACCCAGUAGGCCUAACCAGAGUCAGAAGAGCAUCACAAAGGGCUGGUUUCAGAAGAGUUUUUUGUGCAGCGUCAUUUGACCUGAACCUGGAAGCAGGAUUUUAAACCAUAGGGCUAAUUUUACUAAAUUUGUCAGUUUUAUGCAGUAUCAGCCUGGCUUGCUCAGGCUAUUUUAAGAGGCCACCUGGCUAUAUUCUUUUAACAUUGGAAGCCUCCCCUCCCCCCCGUCUUUAGCUGGCAUGUAGCAGGACGUGUCCUGGCGUGUUCAAACGUAAAGGCAAUAUUGACUGCUUGCUUGAACAUCAUGGCCGUCUGAUUUGGAGGACAUGCUAUUUCAUCUUUUAUCCAAAAACUUGGUUUGAAGUUAGAAUGCAGUUUUCUCUAGAAUACCUCUGAGGACUUGGAGCAAUACGAACUAACAGGUGUUUAUGGUUCUGCUCUAGAGUAUUUAGCCAGGGGGUUGGGGUGGGUGCCCAAAAAAAGUCCAGCUGGUCAGAAUAGGGCACGGCUUUGAGUACAGAGUUGUGGCUAUCACCUGGACUUUCUCGCCCUCCCACCCUCCCCUCCCUCCGUUGGAAGCAGUGGCAUCCUUGCGGUCACCUGUGGUGGAAUCAGUCACCUGUGAUGAAUUCAGAACAGUGGGAGCCUGGCAUAAUACUUGAGAAGAGUUUUGCCUCGCCGGGGGGGGGGGGCUGGCCCUGCACAGCCAGCAGCUUUUACUUGAGUUAGAAGCUUCUCAUUUCAGAGUCCGUGCAAGGAAGGGUGCCGUGAAGCUGCUGCUGGUGCAACCCAGAUAGAAUCCUAUGGAUGUCCUCAAAGAGAUCCUCAUUAGAGCCUCGUCUUUGCUAAGCGCUUGGGAAAUCACCAUCCGAUUUGGGCUGGCACAGUAGGUUGAAACUGAGGGAUGCCUCUGUCCGGGAAGCCCUUGGGGGAGGUGGGUUCUUUCUUUCCGGAUCCCUCUCCCUGUGCCCUGUGGUUGCGGUCUGGCUGCCCAGAGAGAGCUGGCAGUAAACUCUGCAAAGGCCGGCUGGAAAGGCGGAGGCAGCAGGCGGCCCAAGCAGCCAGCCAGCCUGACUGAUGGGUGCAGCUUGUCCAGGGCAACAAGGCUCUCCGUGUGGCCCUGCUUGGCUUAAAAGGGACUCUUCUGAUUCUGACAGAAAAAGGCAAGUGACCGGUACUAUCCACAGUUCUAAUCUGGGGGGGGGGGAGAUAUUUUAAGAGUUUAAUUUUAGCUGUAAGAUUACUUGUAGUAUCCAGCAUCCAUAAGCAUCAGACAAGCUGAAGAGUUACUGCUGAAAAAAAAACCCACGCAACUUCCCUCCUGCCCUACCAGUUAGCAGAAGCCCAGAAGCCCUUGGCAGCCCUGGGACUUCCCUUCCUGUGCCCCCCCCCACCCCCACCCCUCCCCGACUGAUGGAAGGGGAGAGAAAAGGCAAGGCUAGGAGAUGAACUCUUGAGACCGUGGGAUUCUGGUACCUUUUUAACAAGCAAUGUUGUUUUGUAAAAUGUUGCCUAUCUAGUAGAGCAGGCCAGAUGUUUUCUAUCUUAUUUUGUUUUUUUUGUACAGAUGUAAAUGCAAGACCUCAUUUUCCUUGAGUACGUAUUUUCGGCAUCAUAUCUGUAAUAAAGUUCAGAUUUUUCUAAGUACA